CGGAGCCGGGAGCGCAGGUCAGAUUCAGAGGAAGAGCGGUGGCAGCGGCGAGAGAGGCAGAGCAGGAGCCCGCCACCGCCCCGAUGUCACUCACAGGACCGGUCCUCUCGGUCCAACUCAGGCGAUGAGCGAUGGCGGCGGCAGCAGCGGGGCCGGUGGGUCCGCCCACGACGCACACGCUCUUGGUCUCCGGGCUCCUCCGGGUCCAGCUCGGCGUCCCCAGACCCCUCCCAGAGUCCUCAGGAGGCAGCCGUGGCCCUGAGCCGGCAGCAGAGCCUGCAGGAGCGGCUGCGCCUGCGCGAGGAGCGGAAGCAGCAGGAGGAGCUGAUGAAGGCCUUCGAGACGCCCGAGGAAAAGCGGGCCCGGCGGCUGGCCAAGAAGGAGGCGAAAGAGAGGAAGAAGCGGGAGAAAAUGGGCUGGGGGGAGGAGUACAUGGGCUACACCAACGCCGACAACCCCUUCGGCGACAACAACCUCCUGGGCGCCUUCAUCUGGAGCAAGGCGCUGGAGAAGAAGGGGAUCAGUCACCUGGAGGAGAAGGAGCUGAAGGAGCGAAACAAGAGAAUCCAGGAAGACAAUCGGCUGGAGCUGCAGAAGGUGAAGCAGCUGCGGCUGGAGCGGGAGCGGGAGAAGGCCAUGCGGGAGCAGGAGCUGGAGAUGCUGCAGCGGGAGAAGGAGGCAGAGCACUUCAAGACGUGGGAGGAGCAGGAGGACAACUUCCACCUCCAGCAGGCCAAGCUGCGCUCCAAGAUCCGCAUCCGAGAUGGCCGGGCCAAGCCCAUUGACCUGUUGGCCAAGUACAUCAGCGCUGAGGAUGAUGACCUGGCCGUGGAGAUGCACGAGCCCUACACCUUCCUCAACGGGCUCACCGUGGCUGACAUGGAGGACCUGCUUGAGGACAUCCAGGUGUACAUGGAGCUCGAGCAAGGCAAGAACGCGGACUUCUGGCGCGACAUGACCAUCAUAACGGAGGACGAGAUCUCCAAGCUCCGCAAACUGGAGGCCUCGGGCAAGGGGCCAGGUGAGAGGCGGGAAGGCGUCAACGCCUCGGUCAGCUCUGAUGUGCAGUCGGUCUUCAAGGGCAAGACAUACAGCCAGCUGCAGGUCAUCUUCCAGGGCAUCGAGGGCAAGAUCCGAGCCGGGGGCCCCAACCUCGACAUGGGCUACUGGGAGAGCCUGCUGCAGCAGCUGCGGGCCCACAUGGCGCGGGCCAGACUGCGGGAGCGUCACCAGGACGUGCUGCGGCAGAAGCUGUAUAAGCUGAAGCAAGAGCAGGGGGUAGAGAGUGAGCCCCUGUUCCCCAUCCUCAAGCAGGAGCCACAGUCCCCGGGACACAGCCUGGAGCCUGAGGAGCCGGCCCCUGCCCCCCCUGGGCCCUCGGAGGGCGGCCCCCCGGAGCCGGAGGCGGAAGGAGCAGCAUCGGCAGAGGGCGAGGCGGACGGGGAGGCCGUGCUCAUGGAGGAGGACCUGAUCCAGCAGAGCCUGGACGACUACGACGCGGGCAGGUACAGCCCCCGGCUGCUCACCACGCACGAGCUGCCGCUGGACGCCCACGUGCUGGAGCCGGAUGAGGACCUGCAGCGCCUGCAGCUGUCCCGGCAGCAGCUCCAGGUCACAGGUGACGCCAGCGAGAGCGCCGAGGACAUCUUCUUCCGGCGGGCCAAGGAGGGCAUGGGCCAGGACGAGGCGCAGUUCAGCGUGGAGAUGCCGCUGACCGGCAAGGCCUACCUGUGGGCGGACAAGUACCGGCCGCGCAAACCGCGCUUCUUCAACCGCGUGCACACGGGCUUCGAGUGGAACAAGUACAACCAGACGCACUACGACUUCGACAACCCGCCGCCCAAGAUCGUGCAGGGCUACAAGUUCAACAUCUUCUACCCCGACCUCAUCGACAAGCGCUCCACGCCCGAGUACUUCCUGGAGGCCUGCGCCGGGAACAGGGACUUCGCCACCCUGCGCUUCCACGCCGGGCCGCCCUACGAGGACAUCGCCUUCAAGGUGGUGAGCCGCGAGUGGGAGUACUCCCACCGCCACGGCUUCCGCUGCCAGUUCGCCAAUGGCAUCUUCCAGCUGUGGUUUCACUUCAAGCGCUACCGCUACCGCCGGUGACCCCCUGCCAGCCCGGGGCUGCGUCCCCCCCACGGGGCCUCCGUCCCCAGCGUGGGAAGGUGGUCACCACAGAACCCGAGGGGACACGGCCAGGUCCUGCCACGCGGGCGGGUUUUGGAGCUCGGAACGCGAGCGUCCCUGGCGCUGUGCGGGUGGGCCCGCAGGCCCCCGGCGCCGGCCCUGUGGCUCUGUGGCUCUGUGCUGAGGGCGGGCCUCUGUUGGCAGGAGAGCGCACACGUGUGGGCUGGGCUUGCAGGCGGCACGAGGCCCGAGCAGGGUGUUGGCCAGCCCUUAGAUGUGACCCCAGGCAGCGGAACCCGGACUCCGGCCCUUGGCAAGUGCGUGACCGCAGGCCCUGGGUCCUGCCCGUGCCCCUGCGGCAGCUUCGUCUGAGUUCUGUGGCCAGUGACUUGCCGCUGCUGUUGGCUGUGGGGCUGCCCACACACACACACACACACAGGGUGGAGACGCAUCAUCAUGCGCCCUCAGCCCAGGGCCAAGGGUCACAAGGCCACAUACUGCCACCACCCAGCCUUGGCACCCCUGGGGGCUGGCCUCCAGGGGCGACCUUGGCACCCGCCUAGCCUAGUCCCGGGGCCUCGGGGCCUCUGCCCACACCCCACGUCAGCGCAGCCACGCGCCUCAGGCCGCCGGCCAGACGGCAGAGCCGCGCUCGGCAGGACGCCCCCCAGCAGACCCCCGGCGUCAUUCCAGAGACAGCUCCGGCCAGAAGUGGGGUGACUCCUGCGUCGGGCCUGAAGUGCCGCCUCCCAGAAGCCCAGCCCAGACCCCUUAUUUCAUCUGGAAAUAUUUUAGGUGGUUUCUCUAAAAAGACUUUUUUAGGUGGGGUGGGAAAUUGUAUUUUCAUUUAAUUGGCCUACUGGUGAGUGCAUGUUUUUUUAAUAAACACUUUAU